UGCAGCCCAACCUUCGACAAUCAAAUCCAACUUCCAAUCCAAAUUCAACACUGUCUCUUUGGGAGCGAGAGCCCCUUUAUCCUAUUACUUAUUUACUCUACCAGCACUAAUGGCGCUCAACGCGCCUGCAGAUAGUGCAGGACCGUCAUCUCCACCGCCUCCGUUACCAGAGGGCUGGAUUGCCCAGUGGGAAGGUGUCUCGCGGAAAUGGUAUUUUGUCCAACGGACAACGGGGAAAUCUCAGUGGGAAAUCCCCACGGAGCCCGUUCUUACACCUUCGACCACUCCAACUUCCACCGGAACGGGUCCUUCACGAGCGCCAUCCUCUAGACCAGACAUGAAAUUCAAUCCUCGACCUGGAGAGUGGCCGGUAGCCACGAGUGCGGAUGAGGCAUACUAUCCGGGAGCAACGAAGGGGCCGGGACUUUCCGUAUGAGAAUACGCUCAUUGUGCCUGCGUAUUGAGUUGAUAUUAUUAGCUAGGGCUUGGAGCUGAUGCUGGGAAAUAGAGCUUCUUUAGCUCCUCACAAGGCAACGAUCCACUGGGCGGGUUAACACAGAUCACUCUGGGAAUGUUGGGCCGACUUGGAAACCACAACACGGCUACCGGACAGCAUGGCAUGAUGGCCCAACAAACCCAUACUCAAGUAAUUACACUCGGGACAAUGGAACACCUCUGCUGCUACAUGCACGAUUACUGACUGCGGUUGCCAGCAAAAUCCCUUUGGCUACUCCUCGGCUGUUCAGUCGGGACCUUACACGGGAGCGGCGCCUGAAUACCAUCCUCCUGGCCAAACCGCCCUCGGACAUAAUGUUGCUAGCGCAACGAGCACAGCUAUGCCAACUUCGUCCCAACCGAAUUCAGGACCGACCCAGCAGCUCGGUUCUGUCUCUCAAGGUGGUAUGCCGUCGCAGUUUGUCCAGCCUGUCCAACCUCUACAAUCGCAUGGUCAAUUCCAAAGUGCACCUACACCGCCGUCGGGGUUGGGCGCUCAGCAGCCUAAUGCAGCUCCUGCAACAACACAGGCUGCUAUGCCUCAAGUGUCAAGUAAUAUUUAUCAUCCAAGUCAGCCACAGUGGCAGGUCGGACAACCGCCUCCACCUCCCUUGUCGACCAAGCCGACCAAUAAUCAACAUGGCAUGGCAACCCCUGCAGGUUCAGCUGUGCAAGAUCCACUAAAUCAAAGUUAUCAUAGUCAAGUUCCCGCCGAAGGCUACGCACAACACCAGCAACAGAAUCUGGUACAGCGGCCAUUUGGCACGAAGCCCGCCGCCCAAAAUUUGAGCCAUUCGGCAAACACCAUUACCCAGCAGGCGCAUUAUUCCCCUGCUGGGCAAGCCUACCCUGGCAUUAAUGCAGCUGGCAAUUUACAACCUGCUACAGGAGUUCCGUACUCAGCGCACUUUCCGGCAUCACAGUAUGGCAUUCCGAACGGCAACCAAGGAUAUCCCAUGUCGCAGCCGGUCUUACAGCAGACAGUGGUCCCGUCACAAUCAGUAGGACUUCAUGACCAGAGCUUUCAAAAUACUCAUGGUCAGGGUUCCUCGAUACAACAAGGCACCAUAGGUGCUAGCUCCCAGUAUAUGGGGUUCAAUCCUGCGCAUCCAAAUCCAGGCCCUGCAUUCGCUGCCAGCAGCCAUGGCCAGACGGGUCCGAUGAACCUACCGACGAGUGUUGACCAUUACGGAAUGUCUUAUGUGCCAGUACAUGAACCUAACCAGCCAGGUUUACCGUGGGGGACUCAGAUCCCGCCAGAGAAGGUAGUUCCCUUUUCGCACGUCCCAUCAGUCGCCCAUGGGCCCGAUGGACAUAGUAUCACCCCUCCAAAUGGAGAAUCGCCUCAUAACUAUCCAAUGUUCCAGUCACAGCCCAGCCACAGUGUGGCACAGGCCGCGGUCCCUAGUCCUGCGUGGACUACGCAUUCUGGUAUGAUGGCGAGCCGCUCUGCUACGUCUGAUCCUCAGUUUGUCAGUGGUCCAUGGGCAGCUGGGAUUCCCUGAGCAUCUGCGAUGAUACAGUUACUAUCGUAUGAUCGACCUGAGAUGCGUCUGGAACUGGUUCGACCUAGUUUGUGAUCCCUUCUCGGGUUCAGUCGAGUUUUGUUUCGAAGGUAUAAACAGAAACGGUUGACAUAUUAAUUUGUGUUAUGAUUUACGCUUUUGUGAUGAUGACUUUCAUUUCAUGUCUGGGUUUAAAUUUAUGAGCGACUUUGUAGUACCUUGAAUGAACAUAUUCACUCUUCUGGUCUUUUGUGCAUUGGUUCAGUUCAGCCCAGAUGAAGUUUUCGACGUUCAUCUGAG